UAUAAAAAGCCGGCAAACUUCGGAUGAUAAUAGAAAACCAGUUUGUUCGUUGACCACGAUGGGUCUAGUAAAGAUAGCUAUCGUAUUGAGUGUGGGUCUAGUUGCCAUUUUGGCCCACAACCAUCAAGCAAAGGAUCAGGAUGCUAAAUAUAAUUGGUGGCAGCACGAGGUCUUCUACCAAAUCUAUCCGAGAUCCUUUCAGGACAGUAAUGGUGAUGGAAUUGGCGAUCUUCCGGGUAUUACAUCUAGGUUACAGUAUUUCAAGGAUACAGGAAUCACGGCCGUCUGGUUGAGUCCUAUCUAUGAGUCCCCCAUGGUGGACUUUGGGUACGAUAUAUCAAACUAUACAAAUAUUCAGCCGGAGUAUGGCACCCUUGAGGACUUUGACGAUCUGAUAGCCAAAGCCAAUGAACUGGACGUGAAGGUCAUUCUGGACUUUGUGCCUAAUCAUAGCUCGAAUAAGCAUCCCUGGUUUAUAAAGUCGGUUGCUCGGGAACCAGGAUACGAGGAUUUCUAUGUAUGGGAGGAUGGUAUACUUUUGGAGAAUGGAACUCGUGUGCCACCCAAUAACUGGCUAUCGGUUUUCUCCGGAUCUGCUUGGAUGUGGAAUGAAGAGAGACAACAGUUCUAUCUCAGACAGUUCACCUACGGACAACCCGACCUUAACUACCGUAAUCCGGCAGUUAUCCAAGCCAUGGACGAUGUGAUGCUCUUCUGGUUGAACAAAGGAAUAGCCGGUUUUCGUAUCGAUGCGAUAAUCUAUAUCUACGAGGAUGCACAACUGAGGGAUGAGCCUCUAAGUGGAACCACCGAUGAUCCCAAUAAUGAGGCCUAUUUGGAUCACAUCUAUACCAGAAACCAACCUGAAGAUUAUGGUCUCCUCCAGCACUGGAGACAGCUCCUCGAUAACUACACAGCCAGCCAUGAUGGGCCUUUAAGGAUAAUGAUGACUGAGGGUUACGCCUCGGUGUCUCAACUUAUGGAGUACUAUGAAGACUCGAAUGGAGUUCAGGGUCCCGAGUUUCCCUUCAACUUUGACUUCAUCACCGAACUGAAUGCCAAUUCCACAGCUGCUGACUUUGUUUUCUACAUCUCCCGAUGGCUCAUUUAUAUGCCACAUGGUCAUGUGGCCAAUUGGGUAAUGGGAAAUCAUGACAAUCCGCGUGUGGCUUCCCGAUUUGGUGUGCAGGCUGUGGACGCCAUGAAUAUGCUGCUGAUGACACUGCCAGGAAUUGCUAUUACCUAUAAUGGUGAAGAGUUGGGAAUGACUGAUUACAGGGACAUCAGUUGGAGCGAUACUGUUGAUCAACCCGCCUGUGAUGCUGGUAUUGAAAACUACCAGUCGAUCUCUAGAGAUCCAGAGCGUACACCCAUGCAAUGGAACGAUGAUCUCAAUGCAGGAUUCUCCACUGCCAAUCAAACGUGGCUGCCAGUUAACCCCAACUAUAGGGAACUAAAUCUCCGCAAUCAGCAGCUGGCAAGAAAGAGUCAUUAUAAGAUCUAUCAGUCCCUUUUGAAACUCAGAAAGCUGCCAGUUCUGAGGAAUGGAUCCUUUGUUCCAGAAGUGGUAAAUCGCAGAGUAUUUGCUUUCAAGCGAGAGCUGAAGGGCGAACACACUUUGCUGACCAUCCUGAACGUGAAGAACGGCACGGAACUGGUGGAUAUUGGAGACUUCAUAGAUCAGCCCAAUAGGUUAAGUGUCCUUGUGGUGGGAGUGGACUCCCAGCAUAGGAUUGGAGAAAGAAUCAAGGCCGAGGCCAUUGAGUUGGCCCCCUACGAGGGUCUGGUCAUCCAACUGAAUAAACGAAAGUAACCUACCGCACUACUUGGUAUUCAACAUUAAAGUCCGAGAAGAAAACUUUCCAUUAACCAUA